AUGGCUCAUAUCAACUCAUUCUUGAUGUUGAUCUCAUGCCUGAUGUUCCUGUCUCUGUGCCAAGGCAAGCAGGUUGAGACCGACCCCCCUUCUGCCUGGGUCAGUUGCCCAGAAGGUCCCAAUGGCUAUGGUUCCUACUGCUACUACUUUAAUGAAGAAAGAUUGCAGCUCUUUGGCCAGAGUAUGAAUUCAGGCUACUUGGUAUCUGUGCUCACCCAGAAUGAGGGCAACUUUGUGUCUUCUCUAAUUAAGGAGAGUGGUUCUAAUGACCAGAAUCUCUGGAUUGGCUUCUAUGACCCUAAAAAGCUCAGGAAAUGACACAACACUCAAGGCAGCAAUUUCUACAAAUCCUGGGCUGCUGGAGCCCCAAACACUGUCAACUGUGGUUACUAUGAGACCUUGAUUUUAAACACAGGAUACAAGAAAUGGAAAGAUGAGCCUCAGGAGGCAUAGUUCUCCUUUGUCUGUGAGUUUUAA